AAGCCCUCUUUAGUCGAAAGCGAUCGCAAUUCGCAACUUUCAUUUGGAGGGGUAUUGAUAUAGCCAGACAGACGGUGCGCGGUUCAGUGGUUGCACGUCACUCUGAUUCAACUUAAAAAAAUAAAUAAAUAAAAAUGUCACUUUGAUUCCCCCUGCAUUGUUAUGCUGGCACCAUGAAUCUGCAAUCUCCACCUCAUCGACACGAAACCCUAACUUUCCGAACCAAUUUCUCUUCAAAGAAACCCAUACCUACUAGCAUUCAAUGCUGCGUUGUCAAACGCGAUCUCGAGGGCCAAUCUGUCGCUGUUAUCGGUUUGGGGAAAUCUGGAAUAGCUGCUGCAAGACUUGCUGUUGCUAGAGGGGCUUCAGUUCUGGCUGUUGACCAUGAUGAAAAUUUGGGUCUGUUAGAGCAAAAUCCUAUGUUCGAGAAACAUAGUAGUUUGAAAACAAUUCUUGGUAAUUUUGAUAACGAGCUACUUAAAGAUGCAGAUACAGUGGUUGUUUCCCCUGGAAUUCCUCUGGGAAACUAUGGUCUCUCCUCGCUGUUGCAGUCAGGAAAGAAUGUAAUGUCUGAAUUGGACUUUGCUGCUGAAGUUCUUCCGAGAUGCACAAAGAUUUUAGCAGUGACAGGAACCAAUGGGAAAUCUACUGUUGCCACUUUUGCCGGACAGAUGCUGAAUUAUUUGCACAUCAAGACUUUUAUCGGGGGAAACCUUGGGAUUCCACUUUCAGAAGCAGCUUUCCAAUGCUUAACAUCUUCUCUUGAAAAACCCAUGUUUCAGGUUGCUGUGGUGGAGGUUAGCAGUUAUCAAUUGGAAAUUCCAAACAAGCACUUUUGUCCUUCAGUUGCCUUGAUUUUAAAUCUUACUCCUGAUCAUUUGGAAAGGCACAAGACGAUGAAGAACUAUGCAAUGAUUAAGUGUCGCAUUUUUUCUCGCAUGUGUGACAGCAAGAUGUGUGUCCUCCCACUUGGAAACCAGCAUUUGAAUGAAGCAGUUAGGGAUCGCAUGAAUAAAUUUAAUCCUGCUUGGAUAGGUGACUUUCCAGGUGUCAAGAUCGAUUUGGAAGCAAAGACUGCCAGCUUCGAAAUCCCUAAUAUCGAAGGUGUUUCACAACUACAAUUGGAUGCAAUGAAGACUAUUGGGACACACAACUAUUAUAACGCUGCAGUGGCUGCAUUAUCUGUUAUUGGUCUGGAUAUUGGUAUUGACACUGAAGCUAUUAAUUCAACAAUUGGGAAAUUGAGGGUUCCACCACACAGGAUGCAAAUUGUACGCAAGGAUACUCUUGGGGUAACAUGGGUGGAUGACAGCAAGGCAACAAAUGUUGAAGCAGCGUACACUGGACUACUGAGUCUUAGGGAACAAAAAUCGGUAGUUUUACUCGGCGGCCUUGCAAAGGUUUUAGAUAUGCAAGGAUCUAUUGGUUUUGAGCGGUUGUUAGAACCUCUGAAAUGCCACAGAGGAGUUGUCACUUUUGGUUCAUCCGGAACAAUGAUUCAAAAGAUACUGUCUGCUAAUGGUUUAAGCAUUCCCUGUGUUGGAGCUACAAAUCUGGAGGAUGCUGUGAAAAGGGCAAGAAAUAUGACGAGAUAUGGGGAUGCAAUUGUACUGUGUCCUGGUUGUGCAAGUUUUGAUGAGUUCAGAAAUUUUGAGCAUAGAGGGAAGAUCUUUCAGGAGCUGGCCUUCUCAUUUUAGCACUUUUGUCUCGGUGUACUGCAGCUUCACCUAACAUUUUCAGGUUAUGCUCCAGAUGCAGGGGAUGCAAUUGUACUGUGUUCUGGUUGUGCAAGUUUUGACGAGUUCAGAAAUUUUGAGCGUAGUGGGAAGGUCUUUCAGGAGCUGGCCUUCUCAAUGUAGUACUUUUGUGUCAGUGUACUGCAGCUCACCUAACAUUUUCAGGUUAUUCUCCAGGGGCAUCAAACAGGUUGAAAAGCAUGAAGAAACUUCUGUGAUAUUUUGGCUCCAUUUGUUUCACUGGUGUGAGGAACGAUUCUUCUCUAUGGUGGGGUGGUAGCUAGUCAGUUCCACAAAAGAACAACCGGGAACUAUUUGGGUUGGUAAAAAAGAUUAACCAUUCCGACCUGAGCGUUUAUUGUAAAACAAAAGUAGGCAAAAAGGUGAACAGUGUUGACAUAUAAUUCCAAGGGUAAGCUGUUGAACUGCUCUAAGUCGUGUCUUUAAAUUGCACUUCCAGCCAAGGAAUAGAUUAUGCAGAUUGAUGGGUGGAACUUUUGUUCCUCUUCUAGACAGAAUUUGCAGAAUGUAUAACAUGGACGCUCCAGUGGUGUCUUGUCAUGAGUGAGAUACACUUUGUGAGCUUGUGUCAGGCAUUGAGGAUCCUUAUA